GAACAUGUGGGUGUGCACUGUCGAAUGUUGAUCUAUCAUUCUCUCUAAGACACAAGAAAGUCCAAAGUUGGUUAAACUGGUUUUAUGCAAUUAAAGAAUGGAGAGCCAAGCAGCCAAGGUCUAUGUUGCAGUAGGGAAUGAUAUACAAGAUGGUUUUAAGACUUUGGAGUGGACACUGAAGAAAUGGAAUUCUCAACUGACUUCCAUAGUCAUUAUACAUGUGGCUCACAACAUUUCGAAGGAUUUCAUCUACACCCCAUUUGGGAAGCUGCCUGCAAGUUCUAUGAACGAUGAGAAACUGGAAGUUCUUAUAAAAUAUGAGCAAAAAAAGAUUGAUAAGCUGCUGCACAAGUACUUAGCAUUCUGUGGCCAGGUGAAGGCUGAAAUACUAACAGUGGAAAAUUGUGAGCAACCAAUUCAUAAACUCAUCAUUGAUUUGAUUUUGAGACACCAAAUAACCAGACUGGUUAUGGGAUUCACAUUUUUGAAGACUUCACCAACUUGGAGGAUAAAGAAUGCAGUGAGUGCAGCAUUUUACAUUCAUCAUCAGAAGCCAAAUUUCUGCGAAUGGUUCGUGAUUUUUGGGGGAAGACUAGUUUUCCUUAGAGGAGAAAAUGACAAAGGAAUCAUGGAGGAUGAUCAAGGUGUCAUUGUUGGAAAACUGAGAGAAAAAGCCAGUUUCAAAGGAUGGUUAGCAAAGGUGUUCAAUGAAACCUCAGCAACUUCCCCAGAUAGAACUUCAGCAAAUCUCAACUCCCCCAUAAAUUCACAAAAAAAUUGGGAAUGCCAUGUCCAAGAAAUUGAAGACUACUUCCUGCAUUUGUUAUCCUUGAAAUUGGAGGAAGAAGAUUGUAAGCAGGAGAAUGAAGAUGUUCAAAACAGUCGAAUGGAAGCUAACAUGAUUGCUGCAGAAGAAAUGAAAACAAAGCUAAAGAAAGCUCGAGACACAAUCGAGGUAAAACGAAAGGAAGCCAAGGCCAAUGUCCAGAGACAAAUUAAAGCACAAUGGGCCAUUAGUCUAUGCAAUUUUCGGGCUCAAGAACUUGCAGAACAAAUACAUGAAGAGAUGAAAGCUCGUGCAGAACUAGAGAAAGCGCUAGACUCUGAAAAGGAGCAGCUUCAUGAAGUUAUAAUGGACACUGGAGAAAGCAAAAAUAGGCUGAGUUCACUAAUGGAGCUGCAAUUUGAGCUCUCAAAUAAGCUGCAUAUUUCCACAUUGGCGAAAUUAAAUACCGAGACACAACUAGAGAAAGCCAUAAGCACCAGGGAAGAGAUGGUUAAGGAGAUUGCGGAACUACGGCAGCAUAGAGAUGUUCUACAUCGCAGAAUCGAGUUUUGUAAAGAAAAGGAUGUCAUUGGAAUGGUUGGUAGGCUCACUGACACGAGCUGUGGAUUGAAGAAGUACACAGGUGAAGAGAUCAGAUUGGCUACGAACAAUUUUUCAGAACGCUUAAGAAUUAAACCAGGAGGGGACUGGAACACAACUAUGUACAGAGGGCGCAUCAACCAUGCAACAGUCGCAAUCAAAAUCCUCGACCAUGCUAAAGGAGACUCUGAGCAAGAUUUUAAAGCCAAUGUGACACUUCUUAGCCACAUAAGACACCCGCAUCUAGUAACAAUGAUCGGCUUCUGCACUGAGCUAAGGUGCAUUGUGUUUGAAUACAUGCACAAUGGUAGCUUGAGGGACAUACUAUUAAGGGAUUUGUUGUUCUCCUCCCACAUAAGCUCUAAGAAAAGAAAACGAACCUUAGGGUGGCACGACCGGAUCCGUAUUGCGAUGGAGAUCUGCUCGGGCCUGGGCUUUCUCCACAUGGCGAAGCCCAGGCCAAUUGUUCACGGACGACUUUCCUUGUCCAACAUCCUCCUCGAUCGCAAUCUCGUCACCAAAUUAAGUGGUUUUGGGCUCUCACGCAGUUACAAUGAACAAAAUGUUAGAUCGGACAUUCGGGCUUUUGGAGUACUGUUGAUGCAUCUUUUAGUAGGAAGGAAUUGGACUGGACUGGGCCAGGCCAUGAAUAUGGACCGAGCAGCUGUGAUUCGAGAUCUAGAUGAGAUGGCUGGACAUUGGCCUUUGGAUUUGGCAGAAAAACUGGCCGAGUUAGCUUUGGCUUGCUUGACAAGUAACCGUGGACCUAGUCGAGAUUUGAGGCUGGCAACAGUGAUGGAAGAGCUCAAUGUGUUGAAGAGAAAUGGUGAUGAUAUUUUGGCAAGAAGAAGAUGUGAGGGGAUGAUAGAUGGAGAUGUAGAAAAUAGUGACACCGAUGAUGUACCUAGUUGUAUCCUGUGCCCCAUUUCUCAGGAAGUGAUGAAGAAUCCACAUGUGGCAGCGGAUGGAUUUUCGUAUGAACUUGAAACGAUAGAGGAAUGGCUAGGAAUGGGGCAUGACACAUCGCCGAUGACAAACCUAAGGCUGAAGCACACAUUACUUACCCCUAAUCACACCCUUCGUUCCCUAAUUCAAGAUUGGCAUAAUAAGAGGUCCCUUCCACCACCAUAAUAAUAGAUAGCUGAUUAGAAUUAGGAUUAGUUUUUGUAGCUCAAUGGCAUCAAUGUGCAAGUUCUUCACAAAAAAAGAGCACCCAUUUUCCCGCCGGAA